AGACUCGCGCUUACACGAGUCUGCCAUUUACUAUGAUACAGAGCAUUACUGAUGCCACUCGUGUACGUCUGAGGCCAUGGCUGUGGUCGCUAGGCCGAUUCUCAAUAGCCACACUGGUAUAAUAUCGAACGGGUUAAAACAGGGAGUCUCUGCUGAUGAUUUGACUGAAAUGGCACAAGAGACCAUGAAUCCGGGUACUAUUUCGUCACUGAAGAGAAGAGUAGAGCUACACAAGGCUAUCUCCGUCACUGAACACGUCCCUGAGACCGUGUUACGCCAAGCCAAGCACCAGUGUUCGCAAUUCCUGAGUAGGCUCUGCCAGAAGGGCUGUAGUCUGAAGACAAUCUCCAAGAAAUACAAAGACUCCUGGGACGUCCUGACUCUCCCCGCGGCUGUGUUCCGCGUGGUGGUCCUGGGGUCUGGCGGAGUAGGGAAAACCUCGCUUGUCAAGCGCUUCAUCAGUGGUACUUUCUCGGAACAGUAUACGCCUACUGUCGGGGACUUGUACGAGAAAUCCGUCACUCUGAGCAAGGACUUUAACGCAUUCCUUGAAAUUAUGGAUACUGCUGGGUCGUACCCGUUCCCGGCCAUGAAGAAGUUGACGAUUCAAAACGCAGACGCCUUUGUCUUGGUGUACUCCGUUGACGAGAAAGCCUCGUUACAAGAGGCGCUCGAACUACAGAGGGAAAUCGUGUAUAUCAAGGGAAAGACCGUGCCGAUGGUUCUGGUCGGUAAUAAGACAGACCUUGUUAGCGAGGAGCUUAGGCAGAGCACUCGUGCUCAGAUGCGCAAAGUGAGUAGAGAGCGUGGUGUUCUCUGCUCGGAAGCGUCCGCCAAGCUCGGGCUCAACAUCGGUGGGGUUUUCACUGCGCUCUUGGCUCAAAUUGCUGUCAACAGCGAAACGAAAAGGAUUCACCACAAGACGAAAUUCUUUUUUUAGGACACCGGCUAGAAGAAUAAAAGUCAGACAGUAUUAUUACCGCGCGCUUUUCUAGUCACUAAACCGUGUAUUUAUGGAGGAAGAUCAAAGAAGAACUGUGCUAAAAUAGACCAAUUUAUAAAUCAGCGAGAAAUGCAAGUAUGGAAACAGCCUUUUUCUAGUCAGUGGGUUGCAUAAUUUAUUUUAGAGAAAGAAAGACAUUAUUGUAUAAAUUGUAAAUACGCUUAAUAAAUGUCCAAAGUAUAGAUUUUAAAAUAUUUAUUAUUGAUGUACAUAAAAUUUACUAUAAAUACUAGGACAGAAUUUUACAAAAUAAAAGCAUUCCAAAUUA